CCCCAUCUGCUUUCCAUCCAGAGAAAAAACCUGUGGCCUUUGUCCAAUCCAGGAUUUUAACAUAUCAAGCAGUAGCAACGUGGCUUCCUUUCCAUGUAGGAAGCACACUGGAGAGCAAGCUAGAGCGUCAUCUCAUUCCAUGGCUCAGUCUCCAGGUAAACUGAUGGACGCAAUCAGAAGGCCAGUCACAGCAGCUUCAUCUGUUCAUCAAUCAGCGGCAAAUCAUCUCCAGCCAGUCGUCACCUUGGCUCGGAGGAAUGGAGCUAGCAGGAGGUGUCUUCUCACUCUGCUGGCAUCCGCUGCAGCCAUACCCGAGGCCAGUGAAUCAAGAAAGGCCCUAUUGCAAGAUUAUGUGAAGAGAUCAAAGGAAAACAAAGAAAAAAAUGACAAGGAGAGACGGGAUGAAGUCUACAAGAGGAAUUACAAGGAUUAUUUCGGUUUCAUGGAGGGCCCGGUUAGAGAGAAGAAAGAGGAGGAUCUCACAGAGUCAGAGAAAGGAAUUCUCGCAUGGCUUGACAAGAACAAGUAGCUUUUGUAUAGGAAAAUUCCUACAAUGGUGAAGUUUGUUAAUGAGAAUGUAUUACUGGAAAUUUGUUGGGGAAAUGCUGAGAUAAAGGCAAGAAAUGUUAUUCAAA